AUGCUUCGUUACAUGCUAUUUUUGUUUAUCGCUACAUCGCCGAUUGUCAUUCUUCCUCGCAAACUAACCGGCGUACAAGGAGUAAGUCCAUCUUUUAUUAACUCUAAAUGGAUGGGGUGGACGAAAUGUGCCUCAAGUGGUUUUUGAUUCAUCUCCCUCCAUUUUGCCUUGUAGCAUAUAUGGGAGCGAAUCGAAGGGAGAAUUGAACAUUAGAUCAGGAUUCGCAUAGUGUUUAAUUCCUAACCUCCCUUUGCUUUUCUUUACAAUUCUUACUCCCGCGUCGUAAGAGAUCUGAAAAGUCAGUAACAAGUAACGGAUUUAUUUUACUUUACAGAGUUCACUGCCAAACUACCAUGAAGAAAAGAAAAUGUACCAGAGCUACUGGAAAGACACAAAAAUCAAGGAAGUUGAUGAAGAUGCUAAAAUAUCAGCAAAAGGUAUUACUGAAAAAUGUACAUAAGCUAUAGCAUCGCGAUCAUUCAUACUCACUUACUUUUUCAAAUGUAGUCAAAUAAUUCCAGGGGCGUAGCCGGCUUUUCGACUAGUUGCACGCUUGGCUGACUUUGAUUUCCUCAUAUCCUGAAAACUGCAUGCAUGACUAGUACGCACUGACCUCACCAACACUUUGAGCUCUUAGCUUUUUAGCUCACCCCAACAACGCAUGAUUUAUUAAAAGCGGUAGAGUGAUCAAACCAAAAAUUUGUAGGCCCGGGCCAAGAGGUCUUUAUAAUGGGCUGCCGACGCCCCUGACGUUUGGAGUUUGAAUUCCUGAGAACCAUAUCCAGAUUUAGAAAGAGAAGGAAAAUUUCGUUGUCGCUUGUUGGGUGAUCCAUAAAACGUAAAAUUAGGCGGGUUCGCGUGGUAGUGGUGCAAUGACGGCAAAAAAAAUUGAACAAACCGUGUUAUGCACGUGCAGAGUUGUUGUUUUGCUAAUUAAGCCUAUUGUUUUUUUGACGUUCGCUUUGUAGUCACCUAGGUCCGAUCUUUAGGUCCAUGUUAUGAUUUCGAAUGAGUAUGAUGGAACUAAGAAUGGAUUAUUAUACGUUUCUGGGAAACUGUCCACCUACCCCUCCCCCAUAAGCUAACAUUUCUGACAACCAGUUACGCACUCAGACGGGUUAGUGGACCCGCCUAUAGUUUCCAACAAUAGCCUCCCACUCAGAAAACUUAACCGCGUUCAAUCCGCAAUGCAUGUGGUUGACCGAAGGAGCGAUAUCUGACCAGAAGUGGACGUAUUGCAUUAUUGGGAAGCGAUUUUGCCCAAAUGUUUGGGCAAAUCAUCUCUAUACACGUAAACGCACUCAGCACUGAGACACAUUUGGUGGCUUCAUGGUAUAUUAAAAGACUGCGCCUCAAUCCCGGUUGACGUGCGCCGUCUAUUAACGCCGGUUUAAUUUCAGAAGCCAACAAUGUUCUGUUCUAUUUUAGAGUGUUACCAUUACACGUUCCUUAACGAGUCAAGCAGAGCAAACUCCUUUUACAACAUCAGCAUUGACUUCCUUUGUGAUGAUGAUCUUAACGGAUGGUAUCGCUUUGGGGGAGAUGCUGGAAAGCAAAUGGCGGAUUCAUGUGUUCCCGAGUUUCGAUGUGGCGCAGAACUGCCGGGUUGGCUGAAUGGCAGUCAUCCUGAAAUAGCUGAGGGUGCUGUCCGACGCAAAGUUUGUUUCCGUUACAAAAACAAUUGUUGUGAAUACUCAACAAGCAUCACAGUCCGUAACUGUGGAGGAUUCUACGUCUACCACCUUGGGAAGCCCCCAAUUUGUAACUUCCGUUACUGCGGCAACGGAACACACAAACCAAGUGAGAAUUUAAAUUUCCCGUAUAACCUGCGUUGUCUGUUAUUCUCAACCUCCUCUUCCCUCAGCCACCAACCCCUUCCCCCUUCGCAAUUUGUGACACUGGAACCUCGGAUCCUGGAAGAUUUGUUCCUCGAACCUUCCUCGUCUCUUUUUACGCCUCAAACACGAUAAUAUAUUUUCGCUUCUUCGUAUAUCAAAUUAACACGGGACACGAUGUUUCAUCGUACAUUACCGAGGAAAACAUUAAAAAUAUACGAAGGGUAGCCGAGUGUGACAGGUUCUUUUCCCCGACUAUUCAAAUACAACGAACUCGAAAACCGUUCCAGAUACAAGACUCUGACUACCACUGAUGCCUCUUACUAUCAUUACAAACAACCAGAUGGUGACUGCCAUUACGCUCAAACUACUCACUCUUAGUCUCGCAGUUGUGGGCCAAACGCCCCCCACGCCGUAGCCAUAAAGUUUCAAGUUUUCGUGUGCGACACAUGAAUAUGGUGCUUGAGGACCUGCACUUUGCCGUGUCGGUCCUGUUGUCGUAGCUAAGGACUUUAAUUUUGUUGCUUUCAUUACUUUUCGGCACUUUUCUUCGACUUCCUUUCUUAUUUUAAGCACCUUGCCUUUACUUUAAGGGUUUAGAAUAUUAUGAAAUUGCUUUUCUAUCUUAUAAGGAUUCUCCUAUCAGAUUGGAAAAGUAGACGUUUCGAAGACAAGGCGGGAAUGGAGUCGCAACAGCAGCAAAUGUGAAGCGCGGACUCACUGUACAUUGCCACGUUGCACAGAUGUGACUUUUCAUCGGGAAUUCGUUGGAUCACGGACUGUAAGUAUUUAUGACUGCAUACCAAGAUGUGUUUCCGCACUUUUAAAAUGGACUAAGCUAUGAGCUUAAACUUUACGUCAUCGUUAAAUUCAUGAACAAUGUUUUCCCGGGGAAUUUUAAAUGAGUCAAGGAACUAAAGUGUAUUCCAACCCUUCAUCAACUAAGAGUCAAGAAUCGAAAAAAAUAAUGAUAAUAAUUCGCCAUCUUUUGGGUAAUGUUACCAGACAGUCUCGUGUUGGAGUUAAUCUCAGAAUAUAGAUUUCUCAGUUGAAAUGACUUCACGUUAGACCAUAGAAGAACUCGGUGUUUUCUUGGAAAUAAUAUUGUAAAGGAGACAAAAAAAACGUUACAACGGUCGAUCAAAACGACUAAAACAAGGAGAACAGCUGAAAGGGAACAAGUUAGUACUUCGAUGGACUGACAGUGGCAUAUCAACGGCACUGGCGCGCUUUAUCUGUUUUUACUUAUACGUAUUUCUAACCGAUGCAUUUCAGGUCAACGUUUUUGUGUCACUGAGUCAUGAAGAAAACUCAUCGAUGGCUCACACGCCCUCGGCUCUGUGGGCAGAAUCCAUCAAUACAGUUGGAUUUAAACUAUGUUCGCGCACGGCGGGUAAUAAAAACGACACGGGAACUAUCAACUGGUUAGCGUUCGAAGACCAGCCAAGCACAGACAUAACGCAUGGAAGCGUUGCUCUUGGUGGAAUAUGGACAACAGAAACCAAGUGUGAAAAAGUGUCCUUUUCUCAGGUUAGAUCAUGAAAUUAGUCAACAAUCUGUCGAAAAUAAAGUACAAAAAUGCUGCUUGUAAGAACAACACUUUUUAGCAGGAAUGACAUUGUGCUUUCUGUGAUUUCUCAAGGUUUUUUGGUAUGUAACACAUUAACGUCAAUCAGUGGCGGACGGAGGAUUUUGUGAUAGAGGGGACCUAGAGACAGUAACUGUAUACAGUGGUAAUAUGAGCGUGAUAGCGCCCAUCAGGACUGCGAACCGGCGGCGCACUUUUCUAGGGAGUUUCGGGCGCAUGGUCCUCCGCGAAAAUUUUGAGAUUGAAGUUCUCUGAGAUGUAGUCUAGUGCAUUCUGGACGCUUAAAUUUUAUGAUGCUAGCGGGAGCCGACGCGAUUGCGGCGGGAGCACAACCUCCCAGAAAAGGCAGCAACAUUGUCUCUCUGAAAAAUUGUCAAAUCCAGUUUGUUUGAGAAGGAUAUUUACUGCAUGCAUUUUGGGAGCUUUGGUCAUUUGCGACCAAAAAUGUAGGCUUCGAACACAGAUUCAAAAAAGAUUUAUAAUGAAAAAAAUUCAACAAAGGAAAUGCAUCCCAAGGACAUGACUCAAAGACCAAUCAUAAGUAAAUUUAUUGCAUGGGAUUGAUAAAUGUCAUCCUUCUCUUGUUGCGCUUGGCAUAGUCGUCAAUAAUUGCAUCAUAAUCCAGAGCAACGUCCUUGUGAAUAAAGAGCAGCGACAGUGCGUUAAGGCGGUCUUCCCUCAUGGUGCCUCUAAAACAACUCUUUACAAAGCGCAGUGAUGAGUUGCUACGUUCCACAGUUGCACUUGUGACAAGGCCGAUCAUUAGGAGCCGCAAAAUUGUGUGGAUUUUGGAGUAUAUAAGCCUUUGUUGCAGGCUGCCAAUUCUUCUUGUAAAAUGGAGGGUUUUUCGGUUCUAUUGAUCCUGAAAAAACGUUUCAUAACCAUGUACAUGAGUACAUAUAAACUUAGUGAAACUGUGCUGUAUUCUUAGUAAAUUUGAAAUAAAAUUACCAUACCAAAAGCGCUUCCACAGCUCUAGCUCUUGAGACGCACUGCUUGGCAAUAGAAGGGCGAAUAACUUCAGGGGCACCCAACGAGAAUAUAGUUCAAAACCACUUAAACAUAGCAUUGUUAAACGUAUUUUAGUAUUUGAACGGUAGAUAUAGGUAUAUUUUUAUCCCGUAAAAUUUUUUUAUCUGUUCGGAUUUCUUAGCUGAAAGUCUGGUGAUCCGAAAAUUAUAGGGAUCAAAACUUACCUCUUCGAAAAUUUCAGCCAGAAAAAAAGCUCCCGAAAAUUCUAGGUGACCUUUUUAGGGUAAAAAUCCGUUUAAAAUGGGCAAUUAUAUUAGUUUUUAGAUGUUCGAAAAUCCUUGGAGAGGCCAGCAAGCAACAAAUUUUACAACAAAUGUUCCGAAAAUUGUAGAUCUCAAUUCGUCUUCCGAACAGAUAUUUUCCGAAAAUUGUCGUUGGGUGCCCCUGUAACUUUCUCUUGAGAAGACUUUUAAAGCUUCUGCAAGUUGGCAGGUAUCAGUAGCAUCUUUCAGUUUGUCGGUUUGAAGCUAGUUUAUAAGGGCGGAUGAUUCGAACAACAUUCGAUACAUUUUCUUCAGUAUUAACAAUGUUUAUUUAAGAAAAUAUAGUUAAGUAACAAAGCUCGACGUACCAUCCGACACACGUUUACAAAAGAAAAAAAAUUCCCGCACAAAAGGGGGGCAGGGCCUCCUAGGUCCACCCCUUAAUCCGCCCUUGUUAACUAUGUCAAAACCAAGGCCUCUGUCCCGGAUUAACAGAUGGAUCAAAUUUCAGUCAAUCUAUGUCCAUUUCAUUGUCCAUAGGCUCAUUUGACUUCGUAUUUUGUCUUCCAGAGCUUUGCUUCUAAACCGUACGUGUUUGUUUUCGCAAAAUACGGCCGCAGUACAAAGCCAACUGAUGCUGUUUAUGUAUGGUUGGAGAAUGUAAAUUCUGAAGGUUUCGAAGUUUGCAUCAGGGAAUUCUUGCCUUUUGAUGGAAAACACGGAGAUACAAUUGUGGUACGUGGGAAAUAACGAUAAAGUAUACACGUAACAUAGAUAUAUGUUUUUUUUUUUCGGGAAUCCAUCGUCAUUUCACCAGCUGUGAUCUAGGAAUAGUUAGUGUCUGGCGUCCCACAAGGUUCCAUAUUAGGUCCUUUUUUAUUUAAUUUGUACUUAGCAGAUCUCCAGGACCACAUACUAUGCCAGUGUUUAACAGGUUAUCUUUUUUAGGUUAAUGCGUUUUUAGAAUUUCUGCAAAAACCGGAAAGGGAAAAGUAACAACCUCUCUUGAUAUGAGGCAUGAGCUAACUAGUACUUCGAAGGAUAUCAACUAAAACAGUAAAAUGAUGAUGAAUUCUCCAACUUAAUUUAGAUCAUUAUACGUUUCUGGGAAACUGCCCACCUACCCCUCCCCUAAGCCAACGUUAGCUCUUACUUCUCACUUAGGGCAAAUCCAUGAAAUGAUCCCUUGGAUCAUUAUACGUUUCUGGGAAACUGCCCAGCUACCCCUCCCCUAAGCCAACAUUAACACUUACUUCUUACUUGGGGCAAAUCCAUCAAAUGAUCCCUUGGAUCAUUAUACGUUUCUGGGAAACUGCCCACCUUCCCCUCCCUUAAGCCAACAUUAGCACUUACUUCUCACUUGGGGCAAAUCCAUCAAAUGAUCCCUUGGAUCAUUAUACGUUUCUGGGAAACUGCCUACCUACCCCUCCCCUAAGCCAACAUUAGCACUUAGUUCUCACUUAGGGCGAAUCCAUCAAAUGAUCCCUUGGAUCAUUGUACGUUUCUGGUUUUCUUUCACCGACAGGACUGGUUCGCAUUCCUCAGGAUUGACAACGUGACUGCCGGAGAAAAGUUCUUUCCAAAUGACGGAUACCCGUCAGCUGAGGACAACUAUGGCUUCUGCCAGGUGAGUGGUAGCUGUCAAUCAGCUGUCAAGGUAACAAAGGCCAAACUACUUGAGUGUUUUGUUUGUGCUUUACUACGUUAAUCGAUGAGAACCACGAUCCUUUAGUCCCUGCCACCGGUCGAAACUAUCUCUGGUUACGUUCGUCUGCGAAACAGCGCGGAAAUCCUUGGUCUGGUCCCUCACAUGUUUAAGAGGAUUUGAGUACGCGCCAUAAUUGGUCUGUUUAAAAUGCCAUUGUCGAUUUGGCAGUCAGGUUGAUGGGACAUACAAAACGUAUUUCAGAACAAGGAUAUCCCAGGAAGGAAAGGAAACCCCGGAAAGGAAUCCGCAGAACAAGGAUAUCGGAACGCUUCACAGACGUUACUAACACUGAGGUUAAAUUACGUUUGCUACGCAGGCUAAGAUUCUAAAUCGUGUUGAAUUCCUUCUUUCUUACAGGACGUUUCUUUCAAUAAAACAUUCCAAGAGUCCCCAGUUGUCCUUGUUUCUGUCAAUCACCGAUACGAUCGCCAGGCGAAGGGCCGGUUUCUCCCGGAAAAUAACAUAAUCUCGACCUGGGUGGAGGUAGGUUUCUGUUUCGUUCUCUAUACUCACGUCAUUAGACAUUUCCAAAUAGAAAAACUUUUAAAUUUUAAACCACGGUUACACUUUGGUGUGUUCAUUUCCUGCCGUUCUCUUUUUCUUUAUUCUUAACCUGUCGCCAGGUUUUUAUUAUCAUUAUAUUUUUUUAUUACAGCAACUGUAAAAAAAAAACAUAACACAUAAUAACGGAAAGGAAACGUUUCUUUUCGUUUCUUACUGCUGUUCUCGCUAUUAGCAUGAAAACGAUUCUCACCAGCAUAAUCUGCUAAAAUGAAAACGCACUUCUUUUGUAUUAUAAUAACUUGCUUGUACUUGUCUCUCUUUGCAGAACCUUGGCUUACAAUCUAUGAGGAUAUGUGUUAAAGACCUCAGUGGAUCUGGUCCUAUGCAUGACCCACUUACUGUAGCCUAUGCUGUUGUUGGAGGUACGUUUUUGACUUAGGCCCUUUAAGAAAGCUCCAAGCUCGUUGGUUGAAUUGAAAUUCCUUUAAACUGAACUCUACUAAAAUAUCCACCCUUUUUUUUCAACAUAGACAUAGAUCCUUGUCUUAACGUGCAAUACCCUCGAUUUGGAGUCUGCAAAGCAUAUAAUGCUUAUAGCGGUCGCUGUGAAUGUAAUGAUCAAUGUCCAUCGUAUCAAGAUCCAGUGUGCAGUGCGAGCGGUACGACAUACGACAACCAAUGCUGGCAGAAGCUCGGCUACUGCAAAAGACUUGAGAGCGACCCCCGUAUCUACCAUCCGGGAAACUGUGAAGGUAAGCAAGACUGUAAACUCCCGCUUCUAAGCCGUUAUAGGUCCCCCUGGAUAUAAGCGCGCCCCCCCGAUUUUUUAUUAACGUUUUAAAUCUGAAAUAAAGUUUAACUUGAAUUUGUGAAUGUGGUAGAUUUUGAACAGUUGCUUCCCAUUAUAUAAAGCAGGCAGAAUUAUGGUAAAAAUGCGAUAAUUAGUCUCCAGGAAUACCUUAAUAACCAGUAAAUGUAAAACUUACUUUGAUCAGUUACUGCUUAAGAUGUUCCGAAGAAUCUCCGAAGUGCUGUUUCUACUCUAGUUAUAAACCCUGGCGGGUAUAGGCCCCUCCGUUUGUUUAUAACAGAGUCCUCCUAAAACCCGAUAUGAAGAUGUAUAAACCCAGGGCUUGCGACAGUUCCCGCUAUGCUGCAAUAAAAUAACUUGGAGUAGCACCAAGCUGAUGUUUGGUGAAACAUGAACUAAGCGAGAAGGACUGACAUCCCUCGUGGCUUUGCAGAUGUAGCGAAAUUUUCAAACACCAAAUCUGAAUUGGCUCUGCUCAACAAAGUUACGUUAUUACGCAUCUUCGUUGUUGUAAGCACUGUUUCUUUAUGUGAAAGUGCUGAAUACAAUAAGAGCUCUAGCAAAGAGAAAACAUUCCAUGGGUGACACACUGUAAACAUAUCUUCCUUCUGUCAAUAACUAAAUGGAGAAGUAAUCAUCAAUAGGAUACCUAAAAUGCGAUUAAUUCCAUAAUCAGUUUUUGCUCUAUUAAAUCCUUAAUUGCAAAACACUUUGGGAGUGGCCAUCCACAAAGUGAGCGGAACAUGUACUGAUCACAGGGCAUUUUUGUAAUGGUUAUUAAACACAUGAUAAAAUGCAAUUCGUAUAUUCACGACGUAACAUUACAAACUCCACGAAAGUUGGUGAAAACGUCAACUGAACAACUGAACAAGCAACGCAAGCGCACUAGAAAAUAUUCCAAAAAGAAAACAGCAUAAGCAACUUUGGGUGCGCACCGGUAUCCAGCUGAACGGAACGCAGCGCAUAUGAAUAAGAGACAUUGAAAUCAUGAGAUUAUUUACAUGAAUCAAGUAUUAUUAUAAGUUGAUAAUUUUUUUGUUGAACAGUUUUUCCCAUUGUGCGGGGCCGAGAAGACCUUCUCCGUGUUCCAAAAUGGCUCGAUUCAAGUUGUCAGACCGUCACAUUUCCACCAUACCGGUUCUACCCGGAUAAACAGGUUCAUGUCCAAAUAACUGUCAAUCACAUCAAAUUGAAUGACUCUGUUAAAGUCCACGACGCGGUGACUGCAUGGACAGAAAACAUCAGCGCAAAAAACUUUACAGUUUGUGCCUUGCAAGCAGGAAGGAAAAAAGAGAAAUUUACCCCUUUCGCCAGCAUUGAUUGGGCUGCCUAUCAAGGAGGGCCUCCUGAGGCACUUACGGGAACGGUUAAUUUGCCCAAAUGGUGGAGUGGUACAAACUGCGAGAAAGUGACGUUUCCCAAGGUAUGAUGGGAACAUUUAAAUGUUUCACGAACCGUUUUUUUUUGUAUGCAGAAGUGCCGAAUAAUAAUCAUGACGAUGAAGGGAAUUUUGCAUAAGCUUAACUGGUGUCUGCUACAUGAAACACAAAUACUAAACAAACGGAAAAUCAUCGUAAAAUGAUGCGCAAAGUUAACGUAAUUGAUAGUUUAUAUCGGCAUAUUACCUAAAACCUAGUGCCGGACCGCAACAUGUGCAAUACCGUAUGGAGUUUUUGUUCUUUCUUUACAUCCUCGCUCGCUUUUCUUUUCAAUAAUCCUAAACCAUCUAUAUCACUCUUUCAACAUUCUUAAAAACUUGUAAGGUCCCGUCGAGUGAAGACCACGAUGGAUUGAUUUAUCUUACAGCCUUUCGUCCACACUAAACAUGAUGAAUUGUCCACCCAAAAUAACACUUUUCGGAAACGAUUGUUAUAGAUCUCUGAAAAUCUCACUGUAUUCAUUUUUGCCAAAAAAGACACGUUUUGAAAUCUAGUAGGACUAGUGUGGACUCGUGUGGAAGGAAAACAUUUUAUAUUGCGUUUUCCAAUUUCUCCAUUUUUCCAGUUUUUGCUGAUUAAAGUGGCCGGUGCGCGUAAAAUACCCUCCUUAACUCAAUUUUUUUCAAAUUGUUUUUUAGUUGUUGUUAUUUUCAGAACAUUCCAGUUUUGACAAACUUACUCGCUUUUUCAUCAGGGAAAUUUUACUGAGGCCCCAGUAGUCCUUGUGACUUCAGAGCAUCUGAAAACAGGUCAAGAGUAUGAUGCCGCUCUCAUCUGGACCGAAAACGUAACAAAUAGCUCAUUUCAAGUUUGUCUUCGGGAACUGCAAAACUUCGAUGGUAAACACGAGGAUAUUAGUGUGGUAUGUGUCAGAAGUAAAACUAGAGGCAUAUUUAUUGCUCUUAAACGGAAAGAGAGAACUGGGGAAUUAUUUCUUUCAUGAAAAGUUGUCGCUAAGCAAAAUUCCUUGGGCAACACGAGUGAAUAGCUGGCAUAAUAGCCCAAGUCGUCUCAAACAGACGAUCGACACAGUUCUAUAGAAACACUUCUGAUGCGUUGCGAAACUAUCCAAACGAUUGAGGCGGUCGGAAUUGCCUGGAUACGACUGAAGUUUUAAAUAUUCGUUCAGAACGUCGGGAUCCGGUCCAAGUCGUCGAAGUACAUUGAUUGAGGCUAUGAAGACGAUCUGGACGAGUGUAUGGAAACCAAGCCUUUGAUUUGUCGUACAAACUAUCGCAUUUACCGAUUUGUGCCUAUUCGAUUCAAUUCAUUUCCUCACAACUUAUUUGCUAAUCUUAAAAACUUACAUGCCCUUUUUAUUGUUUAUAGGUAUAUACGUUCAUUUUAUUUGGUUAAUAUUAAUGUUUGAUUAUGGUGGCCAAGUUAACCAUUCAGUUUUCUGGUUGGCCCCCAUAUUGCAAAAUACGUUUCUUUUAAAAACAGGCCAAAAACAGAACCAAACGAGACGCUGUGGGACCGUAUAUUUGCGCGUCCAUUUACUAGGCGUGUGUGAAGUUUUUUAUGUCUAUUAGGAUGUGUUAGCAGUGCAGUAGCGUUGUAUGUUUUAGGGGUUGGUUGAGAUGUUUGGAGUGGAAGGCGUGGAUUAGUAAGAUAAUGGCUGUAGUUUGUUAAUCAGUGAAACUGGUUUCUAGUAGAAUUUGAUAUGAAGUAACAAAAAAUAUUUUUUGGGAAGGUAAAAGUGAUUUGAGGUGUUGCAGUGAGGUAGUUGUGGGUGUGCUAAUUUGGUUACAAAGGGAUAGUGCAGUUACAGUCUGUUGAAAAGAAGUGGUGGUUUUGAGAGAUCUUAUCAAUAGUCUAAAACAUACUUGUACUUAUUUUAAACGUUAUUAGGCUUUCUGUUUAGGAUUUUUCGCGGUUAUUUUUUAUAAUAUUUGUAUGGAGAGAAGGUGGAUAAGGAAACUUCAUUUAAUAUGGAGAAGGGGGUAUGAAAAUGUUGGGGGGGGGCUGAAAUUUUGUAUGUGUGUCUUUUUUUGUGCGACGACAAUUGUUUUCCAUGGGGAAAAUUUAAAUAACUUAAUGAUUUGUUUGACUCAGUGUACCUUGUUUUUUCAAUCGUUUGACUUCUAUUGCCGAAUUGCUUUCCGUGCCUUAUCUGUGCGAUGUAUGUAAUGAGGAUAAAUGCUGUGUCAUGACAAAUCGCGCGGCAGACUAGUCGCGUCGCUUGGCUUGUUUACGUUCGCACGUAUUGCGUGCCUAUUGCAACUUUGAAUCAAAACAAUCGAUCUCGAUUACUCUAUUUGGGCAACGCCCAAAUAAUAACAAUUACAGUAAAAUAGAUGUAAAAAGUGGUUGACAUAUUUUCCAUUUUAAAGUGGAGGGGAACAAGAUCCUUCUUCAGAAGGUUCUAAUAACUUGCUCAGUUGUAGCCAUAAUUAUAUUAAGCCACAUCAAACGUGACCGUCCGCCAUAACGACGUACACCCGGAGUCUAUAGAAAAAUUGCUGUAUUGAAAGCAAUUAUUAUAACAGGUCUGAAUGACGAUGAUGAUAUAUUUAAGGAGUCAGUGUAGUUAACAACUACUAAUUUCAAUGAAUUCUUGUUUUCAGAACUGGUUUGCGUUUUCUAGAUCGCUGAAAAAGCCACUGUCUUUUGAGCACGGCAGCAUAGGUUUUAUAGGCACCAACAACACUAACCCACCACCGAUGGAUGAAAAUAAUAAUGCAUACUGCAAGGUAAGAAUAGACAAAAAGUUAAUAUGUAUCACUUUUAUUACACGAUUGGUCGUCAAACGUUACUCCCAGUUUUGUGGAACUUUAGCGAAGGAAUGGUGAAACGUUUUAGCUAAAUGUUUUCGGACAUUUCUUGUUUUUCAGUUCGUGUUAUUCACAAGAGGUUACAGCUCGACUCCAACAGUGCUCAUCGCUGCCAAUCACAGCACAAAAGUAUCCGGGAACUCAGCCCCAAUUCACAACGGUAUUUCCACUUGGAUUGAGGUAAAAAUCGCUCUAGUGUGACACUACACUGUAUUUCAGGUCAGUUGUAAGUGUAGCGAAGCUUUCCACAGGUCAUUAAAGAAAAUUUCCAUUAGCGCUGUGAAAAGAUGCCUUGACAAUCAAAGAAAUUGGAUGUUAAAGGAAUGAUUAAUUAAAACGAAAUUUAUGUAGAUAGGGACAAGACAAAAACUGAACUAGGUAAAAUUUAUAUUACACAAAGUAGUACGUGCUUUUGGUGAAUAUGACAUCGGGGCAUGAGCGCAUUGCGCUUUAAAACUCUGUGCAUGUGGUUUGAUAAUAAGUUAUAGCGGGCGACAAAAGGAGCCCGCUAUCCUAAUCUCCAGUUUGUUAUUACGCAUGCGUCGUAUGUAUGUAGCCAGCAUUCGUUUGGACUUCCACUAAGAAUGUUGGGAAUUCACAUAACGCAAUUUGAUCCCGCGUGUUUGAACCUUCUAUGACUCGUAAUCUGAUCACGCGUGUUUUGACUUUAGGCAAAACACAGCGCUGGAGCAAAAUAGUUUUGACCUUCGAUCGUUGUCGCCCGCACUCCGUAACCUUUGGUUAUUACUGGUAUUAAAUACCUUAAGACAUGUUAAGGUAUUCAAGGAGAGGGAGGAGAGGGAACCCUUUCCCUUCCCUCUACUCGCGAUUUUUUCACCCUUUUCCCAAACAGAGAGCCUGUUCACAGGCUACUAGUGCCGGGACAACAGGUUUGUAUUGCGAAUAUUAUAUUAUUGUAUAUAUCAAAGGCAGUCAAUAGUUACUGUGUAACCUAGCUAGCUAGCUUUUUUUUUUCUCCUUCCUCAAAUGGUCCCUAUGGCUUCCACGCUCGGACACAGACUCCUUAAGAAUUAAUUGCCUCCUUAUUUCUUAUCUUAUCUCCAAGCAAGCGAGACUUAAACGCUUUUUAGAUCUUUCUUGUUGUAUUAGGUUUACUCAUUAAUAUUAUUUGGUUUAGUUUAUUCUAUUUUUUGAUUAUCAGCUAGCGAAUAGAUUUUCCCCCUGAUCAUUUAUAUGUCAAUAGCGCGAUAGAAGUAAUUGAAUUUAUUGUUAUUAUUAUUUUUGUUAUUAUUAUUAUUAUUAUUAUUAUUAUUAUUAUUAUUAUCAUUAUCAUUAUCAUUACUAUUAUCAUCAUCAUCUUCAUCAUCAUCAUCAUUAAUAGUUGUGCACAGUGGCUCAAAACAGUUUUCCUUUUGACUGAUCUGUCUCUGAGAAAACCAUUUUUGGUCCUUUCAGAAUUUCCCAAUUAAUUUUGAACGAGCUGUUUGCAUUCGAAUUUUGAAGUAUCUAGUGGACAGCAGCGUAUUAUUUGAUAAUCAAUUUGGCAUCCCUGAGGGUCAUUCCAGUUCAAAUGCAAAAAUUAAUCUUGUCAAAUGGAUUGCCCCUUCAACUGGCGAAAACAAAUUUUAGGCUGGAGUUUUUCUUGAUCUUUUGAAAACUUAUUUGCAAUUGGUAAAUGUACAAUAGACUAUAAAAAUACUGAGAGCAGAGCUGAACAGAGGACAACAGUAUGUGGAUUUCCUAAGGUUUCCAUACCUGAGCCCUCUUUUUAAUCUUUUAUAUCAACGAUCUUCUUAAUUGUUUUAGUAACGUUGAGUCCCUUCUACUCGCUGAUGAUACUAAUGUUCUCUUUGACCACCCUGAUUGCAUCUUGUGAUGGAUAAUAUAUAGAUUUAGCCAGGGCUAAAAGCGAAGCUCCCGUUAAUAAUUUCGUAAUUUAAAUCAAACAAUAAACUUGUAAUCCACGGAUAGGGCACAUUCAUUCGACUUUUGAGGCAAAGGCUAAGUGAUUUUAGAGAAAAAUAAUUUGACAGUCCAAGAGUGAAACAAAUUUUACAUCGAGUUAUUAAAUAGUCUUAUUUGUGCACCCAAAAAUAGCAAUCAUGUUCGAUCACAUUCGAGUAUUGUAUUUGCAUUAGCUGUUCCAUCAUAAUGUGGCAUUCACCAGUCUCUCCAACAUUGCUCCGUUAGAGAGACUAUGGAUAAGUGAUAAUUGGACAACCCCGAAAUAUAAUUUUAAGAAACACACGCGCCACGAUAGUCCUUGGUGGCAGCCAAUUUUCACGUUGCAUUCCUCUGUCUAAAAGAGAGGCCAAAAUAAAAAAAUCAGGCCGGAUUUUUUGUGUUCGACAAGUUUAGGUUACUGGUAAAUCUUGGCGACGAAUCUGGUGGCGACACACUGACAUACUUUUUCUCAUCACGUCUCAGGUAAACAGUACCAUGAGGCCCUUCUUUUAUCAUACAGACCUUGGACAGAAUUUGUUCUUUUUUGCCCUAUUGAAACCUAUAAUUCUGCAGUUUUUCACAAUUUUGCAAGAGAAUUUGCACUCAUUCAAUAUCCACGACGAUCAAAGCGUGCGCUUCCUUUGCACAACAAAUUAUAGCAUUGAAUUAUAAAACGUUUUCAUAAAGAGAAUUCUAUAAUGCCGGUACUUUUCAGUUAGAAAAAUCUGGUCCUAUGUGAUAUGCAGGGUAAUAACUAUGGGCUUUUAAUGAAAACGAUAAAAAAUUCCCAACAUCACUCUUCGGCCAGCCGGACGGGUUCUCACUUUUGACAGGCACCAAAUUUGCAGUGCGAUUACUAGAGUUACCAUUUACGCUUCAACAUGAUAGAGAAAUUGUUAUGUUUAGGUUUUAUUUCCCUUUAUUUAUUAAACUUUGUAUGGUUUUGUUAUGUGUAAUCUUUAAAAGCGAGUGAUAUUUACGCGCGGCGUUUUGAGUAUUUCUGCAUGCGAUGUUUGUGUUCGACUGGAAACAACCGGUGCAGCGAUAAAAAUUGCGAGAGGGACUACUAACAAUCAAUAAAAUAAAUAUAAUUCGGUGAAACAUGUACAGAGACAAUAAUUUCCAUUCACGAAGAGAAGUAUUGAGAGUAAAGUGUCUCUGAAAAUCAUGAGUCAGGCUGAGCAUAAGCUUAUUUAUGUUUUAAGCGGGCUUCCCGGUGUUUGCUCUUUUUCAAGAUGAACUCGAGGCAAGAAAAUCGCUCAGAGCUUUCUGUUUACAGCCAAAAUCAUAACUAAAUAAUCUUCGGAACCUUUUCUUUGAAUUUGCGGUCAAAAAAUGUCUAACGGCUCUUUAACUCUGAUACUAUUGUGGGUUAGAUCAUUGCUCGUGUAUAAACUUAAGCGGCGUAAACCGUACGCUCGACUUCAGAAAACCGAAAAAAAAAACACAUCAAAGACAAUAAUUGCUCAGGCUUACCAGUCUCAAGCAAGGGCAAGUGAGUAAGCUAUUUUGAAAACGAUGCCAUCCGAAAUCGGAUUUCCAAUGACUUUGACAAGCGGUGCAUUUGUUAACAAAAAGCGCAAUUAACAAACCAGCCAUGAAUUACAGAACAAUCUUGAGAGCAGCUGUAUUUCAUUUUGUACACCAAGUAGAAAAAGACAGUUUAAAACAUCACAAGAUGACACAAAACUCUAUCAGCUCCAGCUAUCAGUAAGCAAGUUACCAGACGCUGCAUAAAUUUUCCGCAUGAACUCACCUGUCAAAUUUUGAUCAAUCAGAACAUAAAAAUUGGAUGUAGAGCGUGAUCAACGCGUGACAGUGAGAAAAGUCAAAAGCGAUUGCCUUCCCUGCAUGUAAAGUAAAAGCCGGUUGAAUUUUCGUGUCCGAGAUCAGUUCGAAAUCAACAUUUUAAAAGUGCGGCUCAUGAAACACGACUUAUUUCAUAUGCAUUUUAAAAAAAUUGAACUUGAGCCUGCGAUCAUUUUAAAAGUAGCAACUUGUCAGCGAAUACCUUCAAAAUAUUACUCGAACUCAGAGGGUCGAUACCUGAGCCCGCGAUACGGUCAGGUGAUACUGAAACAAAUCAAAACAUGGAUGUACAAUAUCUGGUUGCAGGCUCCCAAACCAGCUAGAAAGUGUGAGAUUAAACAUUGGUAUGCCUGUGGUGCCGACGGACGGAAGGUCGGGUGGUCGGUGUACGGUCACGUGAUUGCCGAAUUUUCUAGGCUGGAUAGAUUUUCUAUAAAGCUAUGGGGCUUCAAAUUGAGCCGUGAUCAAAUAAAAUAUCAGCGCAAAACUUUAAACACUACGUGACCUCAAUAGAUAGAAAAAUGAGCCCGCGAUCCACUCAGGUGAUGAUGGUCAGCGUAUACUGUAGUUUGACAGCUGUCAAUUAACCUUCAUUAGAAUGGCGAAUAUUCGAAUUAACAGACUGCAAGUGUGAGUAGGACAUUUCCGUCCGGCAUGUAGUGGAAAAUGCCAGAUCGUGUACCUGACCGAACCUGAGCCUUCGUUAUUAGUUUUCUGACAGCGGUCUGCACAUGUCCCAUUUUGACAGCUGUCAAUUGACCUUAAUUUGGCUUGCCAAUGUAACUUUAAACGACUGUCAGCCAACUGACAGCCUUGCCCGGCGUAGUUUCGUUUUUAUGUUGAAUUGGUAAGUGUGACAUAUUAUAUCAGCUUAUAUGUAGGGGCAAAACGACUGGUCUUUUAUCUGAGCCCGCGGGACGGUCAUGUGAUAAUUGUCAGCGGAUGUCUGAUUUUGACAGCUGUCAAUCUAAUCGUACUCAUACUGAUGGCUUACACAACUAAUAGGCUAGUCAAGUUGUACAAGAUCUAUUGUGACAUUUGACAUCGGCUUACAUGAAGUGUGUGUACGGAAGGGCGUACGCUACGUCAUAACCAAAUUUUCUUACCAAUGGUGCUCCGCUGCGCGCGCGCUUCGCGCGCGGGAGCUCCGCUAAUAAUUUUUAACAGAAACUCAUAAGGGGUUGAAACGUGUAACUCGCGUUCAAUGCUCGUGAAUAUUCACUUUUACCAUAUUUGGAAACCUUAUAUUUAGUGUCAGAUAUCCAUUUUCAACAAAAUGGCUGCCGCGCGAUCACCAUGCAGAUGUUUUAAGACAAGAGUUCAGCAUUUCAAGGUUAAAAAUACACGGUUAAAAGACAAAAAAUGGAAAGAGAAAGUUCAAAAGAACGCUCAGCUUCCUUUUUGUGGAGGAAGGAAAGCUUUUCAUCAAGAAAUCGUCCUUCGAGGAAUUCAACCUUGUUUUGUUCGCGACGGAGCCCAUGGUCUGUUUUGAAAUGCAACCAAGGCAGCGAAGUUUUGCUGAAUUUUCAGGUACAUUUUGCACUCUAUGGCCAAGACAAUAACGUUUUUGAAAAGAGAAGUUAUGUCUUUUUAAAUGUUUCAUAGACGUCUUAUAAAUUUUUCUCUUCGGCGCUAAAGAAAAAUUACAAAAUGUGCCCCGAUUUGAGAUGGAUUUUGUGUUGAAUUUUGCCAUGUGCUCAGCCGAUUUCACUUGCGUGAACGGAUCCACGAUCCAGAUAGUGUUUUCCGAAUUACUUUAAUUAGAUUUUGAAUAAAAAUUUUCAAGAAACGGCUUCUCUGUCUUUUUUUUGAGUUUGUUCAUUCAGAAAAUUAGCUCAAAACAUGAACGUGACUACAACACCCAAGCUGAGUUUAAGCUUAAAUGCUUCUCACAUUCAUUACACGCAUCACUUUUUGCGAAGAUGUCAGGUUCAGUUUUUGGACACUUUUCGAUACGCAGCUAAUGAAUUUUAUUCGCAAAUAUUUUUUACUGUUUAUUCUAGACUUUUGAUAGAAAAAUUAUAAAAGCCUAUUUGCAGUACAGUUUGCUGUGCAGAGGGUCAACGAGGCAUCGUUUUUUGAAGUGACAAGUUCUGCAAGUUCAAGAAGUUGUGAGGACGUGAAUGGGUUUCAUAAUGUUAUGUUUGGCCCGGGUGGUAAGGCAAUAAUAUCCUGCUCAGUGUUUUGGUAAGAUUCCUGGUUUCAACCUUUGAAAGCUUUCUCGGCUUUCGGGAGUAUUUUCCCCCGUUUGUCGGCCAUUAUUUAAGCGGGCGCGGGAACCUGAAGUGAAAUUACGUCACGUUGUUUACAAAGUUUGAUUGGUCAGUCAUCUCUUCUUCUCGUUCCAAAUAUGGUACUUUUGAAAAUGAAUAAUCAAGAGCAUAGGACAAAGAAAACAUAUGAGAGUUACACGUUUCAACCCCUUAGGAGUUUCUGUUUUUAAUUAAUAAUAAUUUUAUUUAACUUUAAAAAUAUGUACAUAAUUUACAAAAAAUAUUUCAAGUAAGAAUUUAGCACCAUCCAACAUUAAGAAUUAUAUAAAUCAUGAAAAUACAAUCACUGUGCCGAUAACGAUUUCCCAAAUACAUUCCUUGCGGCUGGGAUGCGAUCAAUAACUGUUGCAGGAAGAGAAUUAUCCGUCUCUCAUUUAAAAAAGAAACAAGUUAAAAAGAAAAUAAUGUCGUAUUCCUAAAUUCCUAAUUCUUUAAAAAGUUCCUAAAAGAGAUUAAUUCGGGCAGGCUCUAAUAUUUUCGAUCUGUAGAUCUGAGUCAACAAAGUCUAGCUGUCGUUUUCUGGAUCCUGAGCCUCUCAAGCAUAGUAUCCAGAGCGUGCGAUGGCGAAAGAUACUUUAGCUCUUAUCCAGGAAAUUGCGCUUCAGUAACUUUCUCCCUUCUUAUUUGCGAUCAGCUCCGCAAGUCUGCUUUGGUACUUAACACACUCAUCCGCCAUUCCACCUGUGAUCGUGAAAACUAGGGGAGUGAACGUUCCCUGUUCGAUCUCCAUUACUCUUUCCGCAUACUGCCUCUUCUUCUCGUUCUCAUACUUCUUGUAGAUCUGCUUAGGAUGGGCGUGUCCGUUAUUUCCCAGUCGUACCGUAACUUGAUUGCAUCUCAAAAUUCCUUCUUAUUCAGAUUGUAAUCCAGCUGUUUGAGGGGAAUCACGGUCCGGCAAUUUGAUGAUCCCUUCUCUGGAGCUAACUCAACAGCUCGCUUAGCUUUUGUCGGCAGGGAGUUGUUCACCUGCUCUAGCCUAGACAGUCGUCUUUUUGUUUUCGUGUGCUCAGUUACGGUGUUCGAAUUUCUGAGGUAUCUGGAGGCUGGUGCUCUUGCUAAACAAUUCGCCUCACGAGCGGAUUAGUUACUUUGAUAGUAAAUUAUAAUAAUAAUAAUAAUAAUAAUAAUGAUACCGUGAUAUAAAAUAUACGUGAUAAAUGAGAAAAGAUAUAGCACUUGUCAUUUUCUGAACUCGUACACCGCCAAACGCUAGUUGUUUUAGUUCGAACAAUGCCGCAUGACGUCUCUGUAUGAAUGUUUUGUUUUAAUCUGUUUUUAGAACAUGAAUGCCUCUGGAUUCAGAGUCUGUGUCAAAGAGUUGUUUGGAACCAGAUAUGAUCCCUUGUCAGUGAGUUAUGCAGUGCUUACAGGUUUGCAAAUACUGAAAAUUUGUUCUAAACUGAUAGUUAUUUCGAAUGAUAAACAUACAAAAAGUCGUAUUUUCGUAGGCUCUGUGCACAUGUGCACGUUUAAUCUCCCGUUUUUGCGUUAACAAAUACAUUGAAAGUGGAUUUUAUACCAGGUGACGUAAAAGAUGAAUAUCGAUUUGCGAUAUCGAUCGAUAGAAAUCGAUAAAGAAAAACAGUUGUGUCUUCCAUUAAUGUCGAUGAUUUUCCGAUAGAAUUCGAUGAUGAUAUUUUAAUCGAUUGUUAUCGAUUACUAUAGAUUCCUAUCGAUUGUUAUCGAUUUUGUUAAUCGAUAAAAGAAGAUAAAUUAUUUUUUCUGUGACUUCGAUUUCUAUCGAUUUCCGAUAUCAAGCGAUAUUCAUGGGCGGGUUAAACCGAUUAAUAUCGAAGAUAUCGAUUGAUUUUCGAUAUCAAUUUUUAUCGAUUAACUACGUCUGGAAUUACGUAUGUAAUGUGUACGGGGUCUAACAAAAUGCUGGUUUUUACCUGACGAAGCCCAGGACAUAAGGAUCCACGAACGCGAAAGUGAUUUUAGGGUUUUUGAUAUUUUUACCACAUAUAGAUAUCUGUGAUCCUGGCUGGAGCUACUUUAAUAGCUUUUGCUAUGCAGUCAGCAAGAAGUGCGGAAAUUGGACCGAAGCUCUGGCUAAUUGCCGGCAGGAAAACGCAAGUCUCGCCAGCGUCAACAGUAAUGAGGAAAACGUAUUUAUACAACGUCUUCACAAUGGAGCAAAGUCCUGGCUAGGAUUAAAUGACAUUUCCAGGGAGGGAACGUUCACCUGGGCAGGAGGCCGGCCAGGAAACUUUACAGUUUGGGCCAAAAACCAACCAAAUAAUGUUGGAGAUGAAGACUGUGUGCAUACGCUUGGCAUUGGACACAACUACAAGUGGAAUGACGUGAAGUGCAGUGACUGUCAUCAGUAUACUUGCAAAAAAGGUCAAUGGAAAUUAUAUAAACAACCAAGAAGUCUUUCUAUAAGUAGGUUAUAUAAUCCGUGUGAGUUGAGUCCCGUUUAAGACUGUUGGCGGUGAGAGUGACUGCUCUUUCAACAACCUCGUGCAUGCUGAAGAACUUAACCAGCACCCGCCAAAAAGUCGGUUGUUUGCCUGUUUGUAACCUGUAAGUCGUUUUUCUUCGAUUUUUUCACUUCGCUCUGCUCUCCACUAACUAAACGCCUGAAGCAGGCUAGCCUGUUCCGCGCUUCACGCUCGCUCUCGCUUUCACCAAAUCAGAGUAGAAAAACAUCUGCGAUUAGUCUAGGAACAGGUACCAAUUUCUGUAUCUUUGACUCGGUUAUAGACCCUAGAAACAUAAAAGUCCGUCUAUUAAGAACUAGGCUGUGCUGUUUUUUUUUAACUUCAUCUUCCUGUCUCGAUAUCAGAUAACACACCCACCGCUACCAUUCUUUCCCUGUUUUCCUGCAUGAUUUUAGCUCUCUUGAAGCGUUUGCAGUGGUUACCAUGGUAAUAAGAAUAGCUUUACACCUUAUUUUUUCUUGUUAACAUUUUUUUUGUUUUCUUGUUUGUACUUUAUCAGACCAGAAUGAGUGCAGUGGUAACACUUUCUGUCAUCCAAAGGCUAGUAAUUGUACAAAUCUCUGGGGUUCGUUUAAGUGCACCUGUAACCUUGGCUACAUAGGAAAUGGAGUAAACUGUAUAUCAAGCGCAGGAGGUACAUAAGAGACAUUUUAAUAACAUAAGAGACUAAUUGCAUUUUGACAUGAAAACUAAUAGGAGUGAAACGUUUCUGAAAAAUGUUUCCCAAACCAUUAAUAAUUCAUAAAGAAAAAACAAAAAAGAUCACAACCGUGACGGUGGUUUGGAUAUCGGAUACUAAUUAAAAUUUUGAGAACUUUAUCUUUGAAUUUCUCCAAGAAUUAUUGCUCAUUUGAGAACCUACAUCCAAAACUCCAUUCAGUGUUUCAUUCGAUAUCCAGACACCUGGAAGUUGGUCUUAAAAAUCUCGACUGCGCCUCGUUUUUCAACCAACUUCUCAGUGUCUGGAUAUCGGAUGAAACACUGCGUGUCGUUUUGGAUAUAUUACUUCUAACCUGUCCAAAGGCAGGGUUUUCAGGCGCGUAUUCUUCUGUUUUCAAGUCUUGCUAGAUCGCCUAGGUACAUCAAUUUGACAGAUUUUGAGUUGUUGCCGAUCUGUUAUAAAUCUGUGUUUGUCGUUAACAUAUACAAAUAUUUAAUUUUUGUAUAUUUUUUAUAUACAAAUAUUUGUAUAUAAUAUGUUGUAUACAAAUCAAGGGAUUGCGCCCAAGGAGGUGUGCGUCUCGUGGGGAUUCAUAGUAUCAAGGCUAUCCACGUUGCACCGGCUGUAACUUGGAUACACAAUUAUUUUGACUGAAUAAAUUUCCUACUGUGAACUGUUUUUAAACUAACGGCUAAAGUUUCCUCUUUUACACCAAAAGACCGAAAUUUUGGGCUGUGUUAAGGCUAGUCGUUAACCCCAUAGAAACCCUCUUUGUAGCCACUACCGGGAGUCCGAAAAUGGGCGAAGCGUGAUUACGCUCUUUUACGCCCGUUUAAGUUUUCGUGCAACAUUGUAUUUGUCUUGCACAAAAUGUGUUGGGUUAUUCUGACACCGUAGUUAUUGCUGCAAUCGACCUUCCUCUCAGGUUUACAAGACUCUGCUAUCGGUGGCAAGCGACAUAAACCACUUGUUCUUGUUAAUAAAAACUGGCUUAAACCUAUGGCAAAAGCAUUAAUCGCGUGGUUCUGUCAGGCGUAACUUAAAAUUUCAACUACCCAAUUUUAAAGCCAAAUGAAAGCUAUUGUCGUUGUGUACGAUGAGCUACCGAAAUUCUCAACUUAAGACAUGCGUCAGUAUACUGAAGUUUUGAUCAGUCUAAAACGUAACGCUUUAUAUUCCUUUUUAGAAAAUCUGACUACUAAACAUGCAAAAUUAACGUUUUACAUUUUGCAAUAUGGUUAUCUCUUUGCUAAUAGCUCAUUGAACUGGAAAUAAAUUUAGUUUCUGUGAAAUUUCAAAUACUUUGUACCUCAUGUAAUGAAAAAUGGUCUUAUUUUUUCCUUAGAUUUGGAAAACUCCGUCAUUUUGAGAUACAACAAAACUGAUCACUUGACUUCGUUGAGGAACUGGCUUGCACCUGUCAAAAAUGAAAGCGUCAAAUCUCUCUGGAAGCGCUGUUGGCGUGCAUCCGUGGACGGCUGGGCUGGAAGUACAUUUCACUCCCGAUGUGACGGCAAGGGUCCGACUGUGACAAUAAUAAGGGUCGGGAGAUAUAUUUUUGGAGGAUACACCAGUCUAUCAUGGGGUAAGUGAGCUUUGUAAAUAGAGAUAUUACGAUAACACUUUUUCCGUUACCAGCACAAAGGAACUUACAUGUAAAUGUACUGGUGAGGAAUAUGGUGGACCAUAAGGAGUGACUGAGUCUGUUGAUCCUCCAAAGAAGGCGUGCUUUUAGCCAGCAAAACAGGUUUAAAUUUCACGUUGUCAUCGACUAUUGAAUUUUUGGAAAAUCAGGUAACAUGGAACUUGUUGUAGCCUCAAGGCACUCUGCAUCUGCUACCUUACAAAACAUCAUUACAAAAAUUGUGUUAAAAGACUUUUAAAAAAUAUGUAUUAUUUUCAUGCACUGUACUCACUAUAUGUCUUUUCAUUGGCUAAGAGCCUACAGUUCAUUUUGGAAAUCAGCUUAAAAUACAGACAAGACCCCCAUAGUGGGGUCCAUUGGGCUGCCGACUGCGCGGUCUACAGUCUACGUGAAAACGCAUUAUUUUUUUCCAGACGAUAAAAUAUUCAGUUUUAAGAUUUUUCUUUUGGUAUUUUUAACUUAAAGGAAUAAAAUGUUUUGCAUUUUGACCCAAAAAAGUUUAAUUUCAUCGGCACGCACUUUAAACAAUAUGAAAAGAUGAAACGAUCGACAUCACUUAUUUUACCGUGAUACUAAUAUGAGUUGAAAAUUCGCCGAGUUCGCUGUUUGUCUCACCCUUGACUAACUUUUCUUCAAGGCAGAAAAUUAUGCCGCUUUAUAAUCCCUCCAAAUUUUUGUGCCAGCCAAACAAUAUCGAAACAUUAUUCACAGUCCCUGGAUAUUAAAAAGACUGAACGAAACGCAGUGUAAACGCACUAUGUGCCCUUGUUUACUUCUGAUCACAUGUGCACGAACUCUCUUUUGAAGCGAUUCAUCUCAAUGCACGAUAUUACAUAUUAUACAUGUAAUAUACCUUAUAAUAUACCAUACAUUAUAUACUGUACCAUAUUAUACUGUUUUUGCCCCUCACAUUUACAGUGUGUUCGUUCGUCGUGUUCUAAACACUUUUAGGAAAAUAAGGGUCAUGUAAGUCACGUGUGUCUUUCGAGAUAAAUCGAUUAUAGGAUUUUUUUAAGUUCCCAUUUGGCGGUAACUUUAGUUUACAUGUCCAUAAAAUGGUAUGCAUGGCAAGAAACUUUACGCGAGCUGUGAACUUUCAAAGGAUUAUCGAAACUCGCUAAUGCUGACAUCAAUAUAUCGUCUUUGCUGAAUGGGCGAACACACAGAAUUGAGGAGAAGCAUAACAACUGAUAACGAGAUCAUGCGCAUAUUUAAUGAUGAAAGCUUUUAGCAAGAUACAGAUACAAGCAAAAGCAAAACCUCUGGCCUACAUUGAAAACAACUGUAAGCUCUACUCAGUCACCAGACCUUGUCAGUAAUAGCUGCUACUUCCCUCAAGUUGGUCUUUGUGAAGCGCUCGGCUGGCCGGGUGACGCGUUGAACUUGUGUGCGAAAUUCUCAGAGUUCCUAUUUUUGUCCGUGUCUUUUUUAUCCUCAGUAUCCAAAAUUUAGAUCUCCAAAGUGGUGAGUGUUGCAGUAAAUAGAAGGAAAUAUUAAAAUGAAAAGCCAGUCUUCCCAGCUACAUGGCGAAGUUGUCACUUCCCUCGCUCAUGGACGUCCAUUUCUUAACAUUACGAUUCAUCUGACAUUGAUCUGCAACUGAGUUGUUCGCUUCGGUACAACAGCUUACAAACAAGUCAUAUUUUGGUAUCAUAUACUUUGCUCAUAAAUUGUGGUCAUUGAUUGCUCGUGUACUACAUCGUUAAUUCUCUCUUUGAGUUCACGGAACGGCCCGUUCCAAAACUGACGCUCACACUCAUCUUUUAGCGUGGACCUACCUUGAAUAGCGUGUGGUUUUGUAUGGAACGUGAGCAUUUUUAUGAUUCGGUUUUCCAGCGCCAACAUCAUUAAAUGACUUAAAUUCGAACAGUGACAAAAGUUAUAAAGUGACUCCUUUCGAUGGUCAGUGAUAUGGUCCAAUCGCUUCGAUCAACGCAAAUAGCCUUGUUGAUUCGCAACCCCUUCUGGGCUUCCUUGGGGGGCGGGAGUGGAUGCGAGGUACAGAAAAUAUUCUUGCUAGGGAAAAUCGUAUGGAACAGGUGCUGUGAACAUCGUUUCUUGGUACCAGACCUCGUGUCUUCGCUACCCCGGGUGAUCGCUUUUCUGCAGAGACGACCGAAAACCGAAAUUAUAAUUAUAGCAAGAAUGGCCGAAAGGCCAUUUUAACUGGGCUGCUAAGGGGCGAUUUUUUCUGAGGGGAGGGGGUGGUUGUACACACUCAAGCCACCAUAAAGCCUUGUCACCGACCAUUGCGUGACAUAUAGGGCGCUUUCCAAUUACCAAAAACUUUGAGAAACCUCCAUGAAGAGGUGCAUCGAGUGAAGAACGUGUUCCAUUUUUUUUCAUGCUCUCGUCAUCAAAAUUUAAGAUGGUAACACAGAUAUCACCGCGAAUAGCUUGGAACUGGUCCGGAAAGUUUCGAACGGGUAACCGGACUACAUUUUCAAAAUCCCACUUAUUCCCGGGAAUUUUUCAUUGCAACGCACGGAAAACGUGUGUUCCAUUUACAUCCCAACCGGAAUUUCCUGAAUUUCUUGGUAACUAGAAGGCGCCCCAUCCUCGGAGACCCAGGGGAAGUUAGUCGGGUCGAUAAAAUGUUCGCGGCUAACUGCCCCUGGGUCUCCGAGGAUGAAGGCGCCCAGAAUCUCAUGUGAGAGUGAAACAUAAAGUCAUUUGAACAUUGUACCUUUUUGGAAGACUUUCGUAACAAGUAAAAUGAGUACCACAUUUUAAAGUCGGGGCUGUAUAGUAACUUUUCACCAUUAUGAAUAAAAACUACAAUAAGUAAAUCCAUCGAUCAAUAUUUUUUACGUAUUCUUGCAAUUCUUCUGUUCAGUUUUAGUGAGAAAUUUGGCUUUUUCGUCUUCCUCAAGUAGUUUAAGGCCUGGGACUAAGGGGUUUACUUGUGGAAAAUGACUUAUUUUUCCAUAGAAACCAAGGCGAAAAGUUGGGUAACAAAACGAUAUAAAAUAGAAAGGAAAGGGAAAGAAAGAAGGCGAGAAAGAAAGAUCGAAAUAGAUAUUGCAAAAACCGUCCAAAUUUUUUCUUAAGCGCAUGCGCCAAAACCAAAAAUAAAACUUAACUCGCGGGAAAAUAUGCAAAGGGUUAAAGGGGCGCUAAUUCGAGGGAGGCGGAGGGGGUUUAUUUGAAGGGGGGCGCUUAUUCAAGCAGUAUCGGUUACUAAAGGAGGUAAAGCAUUCCAUGUUCUUGUUAGAGUAUAGUGAACUGUAUGAAGUUCAUAUAAAAUGUAUAGCCUCGUAGCACUACGACAAAUGAUCGAACAGAGAGAGAAUCGGAUUAAUUCUAAAGUAAAAAUUUAAGUGCUGCAAAUAACCCUUAGACCCUACUGAGCGAUAGACUCAGCAAAGGGAAUUAGGGGACCAUACGGGGCAGGCAAGGAAAGGAAUCUUUUAAAAUCGGUGGGAUUCGAACCCACGACCUCUGGACUAGAUGAGGCCUGAGGAAGCAAGUCGUCGGUAAUUAAGGUGGUGGAUCGCGGCGAGGAAAGAGUGUGCGGGGAACAUAGAGUGUUGUCCCGCAUAGCAAUAGUAACAAAUGAUUAAGAUAAAACGACUAGGUUUAUCUGGGUAUAAUUGACACUUAAGUGACGCACUUCCGUUUGAUUGUGUAACAUUCACUAACCCGCCGCGCCACGGGUCAAUCAGUCUCGGUUCGCCUCGCGCUCUACGCCAGCUCGAUCUAGUUCUUGAUUCCCUUCCCACCCACCCAUUUAUUUUCUGUCUUAAAUGGACUCUGACCCGGAUAAAACCUUUAUUCUUUCGGGCAUCGCGCAUGGUUUUCAUCUUGUCAACGAUCUUUCUAUUGUUUCGCCAGCGGAUUGUCACAAUUAUAGGAGCGCCGAAAAUCCUGCCGUAAAACCUGCCCUCGAUAAACUCUUUCAGGACGAACUCUGUUUCCAUCGCAUCGAGGAAGUUUUCCACAAACCACUUCGUGUUAACGCUAUCGGGAGUGUUACAAAGAAGGACACUGGCGAGCCUCGACCUAUCACCGACAUGAGCCGCCCUCUUAAUAACUCUGUCAAUGACUAUAUAUCCUGUGAAUCUUAUCGCUACAAAUCUAUUGAUGAUGCCAUUGCUCUCAUGCGCCCAGACUGCUUCUUCGCCACAGUUGACAUUAAAUCUGCCUAUCGAUGGGUUCCCGUUUAUCCCCCUCAUCGCACACUUCAAGGAUUCCGCUGGGCUUUUAAUGGUCCUUACAAAUUCUUUACCGACAAUUUUCUUUGUUUUGGUCUCAAAAAUGUGCCAAGUAUUUUUCACCGGAUUUCCUGUGCGCUCACGCGUAUGAUGGCUCGAAGAGGCUUCAGUAACAUUGUUAAUUAUUUGGACGAUUUUCUCAUUGUUGCUUCUUCACGCGAAGAGUGCCUUCGUGCACAACUAACUCUUAUUCAUCUUCUCCACUCCCUCGGCUUUCAAGUCAAUUGGUCUAAACUCUCGGGCCCCUCACAACGUGUCAAAUUCCUCGGAAUUAUUCUCGAUUCAAUUGUUAUGCAGGCCUUUGUCCCCGAGGACAAGAUUUCAGCCUUAGAAGAUCAACUUACUUUCCUCAUUUCUCAUCGCAAAGCUUCCAAGCGGGACUUACAGCGAGUCGCCGGGCUCAUGAACUUUCUAGCUAAAGUCGUUAAAGGGGGCGCACCUUUUUGCGUCGCGUUCUUGACUUUAUUAUUCGCUUGAAACGCCCCUUUUAUAAAGCUCGUAUUACUUCCGAACUCCGAAAGGACUUCUGUUGGUGGCUAAACUUUUGUCGUGUGUUUAACGGCAAGGCUAUUAACAUUUACUACUCGCCUAAUGUUGAACAUGCUUACACCGAUGCGUCCCUUUCGGGUUUUGGUGCUCACUGGCGAUCUCAUUGGCUUGCUGGCGUCUGGUCCUCCGACAACUCGGUGCUCCCGAGUCUUCGCAUGUCCGGCAAUUGGGUUCACACGACUGGUCAUGAAAUUCCGUUCCCCCUCAAAACGAACAUAAACUACCUUGAACUGUACGCGGCGUUAUAAGCAAUCCGUAGGUGGUCUCCGCAUUGGGCGAACUGUCACGUUUGUUUACACACAGAUAAUACACAGGCCAUGGCUUUCCUGAAUAAGGGUUCGUGCAAAAACCCUACUGCUAUGGACUGGUUACGUGAAAUAUUCUGGUUAUCAGCCAUCCACAACUUUCGCCUGACUUCUCGCCAUAUUACUGGCCUCGCAAACGUCUUUGCCGACUGCUUAUCUCGUGUUACAGAAAUCUAUAACCCCUGAAUACCGCCUUUGCUAUAAGUGGUCUAAUUGGACCCCUUCUCCUUCUCUCCUAGAUGUUGGCGAUUCUCUCGACGACGCGGUUGCCUUGGCUAUUUCCAACGCUUAUGCCUCCUCCACUCUCGCCACUCGCAAGUCUCAAGCCCUGAAAUACCUCCGAUUUUGCCGCCUGCUUCAGACGUCCCCAUUCCCUAUUUCGGUUAGGAACCUUUGUCGCUACUGUGUGUACCUGAGCCGCACACUAAAAUAUUCGUCCAUCGCUAACUAUUUGGAUGGUCUCCGCUGGCUCCACGUCAUGUUUGACUACCCACCUCCUCCUCUCUCCCAUUGUCGCGUGCAACUUACGCUACGAGGCCUGAAACGUCUUCUCUCCGCGUCGGUUAAACGCAAGCUCCCGAUCACACCGACUAUUCUCUUGGCUCUUCGUGAUGUCAUGGACCUCUCCCUGCCACUUCACCUCGCUCUCUGGGCGGCUUUCCUUCUUGGUUUCUUCAGCUUCUUUCGCAAGUCAAAUAUCAUCUCUCCAAGUCACUCGCAGUUUUCACCGAACAAGCACCUUUCACGCUCCGACUUUUACUUCACCUCGUGGGGCCUUAUCGUUUCUGUCAAAUGGUCUAAAGUCAACCAAUUUCGCGAGCGGACGCUCCUCAUUCCCUUAGUUUCCAUACCGUCUCAUGCCUUAUGUCCAGUUCAGGCUCUCCGCAAGUUCUUCCUCCAGUCCUGCUUUUGUUAUCCCCACGGCGCAUGGUCUUCGCUCCCUCUCUUACAGCUCGUUCACCAAACACCUAAAAGAUCUCCUUGGCCUUGCAGGUUUCACUCCCGACGAUUAUUCAGGACAUUCAUUUCGCCUUGGCGGAGCCACCUAUGCAAGCUCCCUCGGUAUCUCUCACGAAUUAAUUCAACUGCAAGGCGACUGAGCCUCUACUGCUUACCUCGAGUACCUUGCGAGACCACUCCGACAGCGCUACACCUUGGCCGCGCAAGUUGCUACUCAAAUUGCCUCCUCUCCGUCCUUCCCCGAUCCUGACGGCCUUCCUUUAUAACGAAACUUAUACCAAACACUGUGUUUGCAUGGUGUUGGCGUGAUCCUCUUUUGGCGGGUUUCGAAAUUAAUCAUCACCUGUCAAUAAAUAAACUGCCAGACUGUCACGCCAACACUGCUUGAUGUUUGAUUUGUCUAUUAUGAUUAAGAUAAAACGACUAGGUUUAUCUGGGUAUAAUUGACACUUAAGUGACGCGCCGCCGUUUGAUUGUGUAACAUUCACUAACCCGCCGCGCCACGGGUCAAUCAGUCUCGGUUCGCCUCGCCCUCUACGCCAGCUCGAUCUAGUUCUUGAUUCCCUUCCCACCCACCCAUUUAUUUUCUGUCCUAUUUUUGUUUUUAUUGUAUAUUGCAUCAUUAUAGCUUUUCACCUUCGGCAGAGGUUUGUGAUUAUAUUUGUGAUUGCAUGCGGGUUUCGAAAUUAAUCAUCACCUGUCAAUAAAUAUACUGCCUGACUGUCACGCCAACACUGCUUGAUGUUUGGUUUGUCUAUUAUGAUGGAAUAAAGACCCUCUUUCUUCGCCGCAGUAACUGUCUACGAGCCUUUUUCUGGUAUAUCUGCUUACCUUAAAAAAGGAACAUUAUGGGUGUGUUCCUUUCGGUGAAUCCAAAAACGGAUUUUAGAUCUAAUAAAGGAUUUCGCGUUCCUUUCGGCAAAUCCAAAUCCGGAUUUUUGAUCUGGUGAAUCCUUUUUGAAAAAGGAUUCAUUGGAUUUGAAAUCCGAAGAAUCCAAAUCCAGAUUAACGGAUUAGUGAUCCACGCUGUUCCAUUCACAGUGGAUCCGAAAUUAGUCAGAUGAUCCAGCGGUAUUUCCAGUUGAAGUAUUCCCAUAGAGGCCGUAGAGUUUGCUCGUUGCUGUCAAUUGCCGCAAAACAUCUGAAAACAUUAGAAGAUUGUUCCUGGUACAUUAAAAUAUCCAUAAACUGACCAUUUGUCUCUAAAGAUUGCUUGAAAUCAGAAAUAAGUAAAAGUAACAAAUGAACUGCUAUCUAACUACAAACUCGCUUGUAGACGCGACGGGCACUCGAUCGCGUUACAUAAAAAAAUCGGAGCUAUGGAACUGGAUCAAACUGGCCGACAUUCUUUAGAUAAUUUUCAAUUUUAAUGCGCUUCUUUCUUUGUCUGUUUUAUAUGUUCCAUCGUCGCUAUUCGAACUGCCGACCACUAAAUUCUGCACGGUAUAAUCGCAUAAUUUGUCAAACAGUAGAAAACACGUCAUUUUUCGAGAGGCUGUCGUGUAUAUUGCACGCGUUGGCGAAAGGUUACCAAGGUUACAAAUCCAAUUUCGGAUUUCACGUUCCUUUCGACCGCGAAAUCUGGCAAAUCUAGGAUCAAAAAUCCGUUUUUGGAUUCGCCGAAAGGAACACACCCUAUAUGGAUCGGAUGGAUGGCUUUGCUGUGAGAACUACGACAAUGUUGCUACUAGCACUUACUUCUUUUCUUUUCUUUCUCAGCCCAAGGUGACUAUGCCACUUCUCGAUACGAUUCAAAAGCGUUUCUGUUUUCACUGGUGAACAAGCCAGGAUGGGCACCUGUCAAAUUGCCUCAAAAAGAGUUUUCAUACGGAGCAUCCAUACGCGUUGACAAAUACAAUGGGCCUAUAUUCGGAGGUGGAUAUGACAUUUACAUUUCCAACAACGCGUCGUCCAAUAACAAUUCUUACAGCGGGCUUGGCUAUACUUACAGCCCACCGAGCGGAUACAGCUACUACAGCACCUUCGCACGAACAUUCCUGGCAGGAACUUACAAGUUCACACCAGACGAAAUAGAAGCUUUUUACGAAACAACCAAAAUGCAGUGA